AUGAAGCCUGUGAGCCCACCGAGGCCGCUGGGUCUGGCCGGUCCUAUAGGCACCCCCAUGGGGGUUCCUAACAGCGCCUCAGAAGACGUCCGUGGAUCCCCUAUGGGUAGCGGCGUCCAUACCGAGUCAGCUGUGCAGGAAGAGGCCUAUGGAGAAGCGCCAACACAGACUCUAUGCCCACACUGCAGCAAAGCAAUAACUACGAAAGUCCGAUACAAAAGGUCAUGCUUGGGGGUGGGGUCCUGCCUCGCCUCUUUUUUGUUUCUAGGGUGGGUCGGCAUUUGCCUGGGACCGUUUCUCUGGGUCGCGCUGCGGGAUGCAGUGCACGAAUGCCCUCAGUGUCAGAAUUUGAUUUGUCGGCGGUCUCGCGUCUCCUGUCCAAUCAAGGGCAGGGACCGUGUAUUGACUAUGCGUUGUGGCAGCUGCGCUGUCGUUUUGACUCGUCGUUAUUUGUUUUGUUUUCUGGGGCUGGCUUUCGUCUUCGUGCUUUGCCAGCUCUUCAGGGGAGGCCUCUUCGACAGUGCACUGCAGCAGCUCGCCAAGGGCGAGCCCACGAGUCUUACUUGGGUGGAUUUCGUCGCCAAGUGCGGCCAGCGCUCGCAGCUGGGCAACCCACUGCAUGCGGGGGCGAAUUUCAAGGAGGAUUUUUUUCUUCGCACGGUGCGGUGGGAGGGGUUGGUGAAGCAAGUGCGCGAGGGCUUGUUUUCGGGCUCCCCGUCUUUUCUGUUUCUCGCCAUGAACCCUACACUGUCGACGUCUGUCGGCCGCAAGGGGGAUGCGCCCUCCACAGACGCCUCAGGUGACUCAGACUCCAAUGACGUGAAGCAGCAGCAGAAGGAACAGCCGCACGGCAUCUUCUCCGAGUUAGAGCUUCUAGAGAGAGAAGAGGAAGGUAUGAAGGGAGAUGGAGCGGACUUAGGACUCGCCUUCGACUCCAAGCUAGCGACCGACGUCGCCAAACUCAGCCCAGGAGACAAAGUAGCAUUUGAAGCCACGCUUCAUGAUCUUGGAAGAAGAGGCAAGCCGACCUUGGGUCGUCUAUGGAGCGUAGAAGUGGUGGAACCGUGGGCCUCUCGUGAGCUGCGGCUGAAGAAGGCAGCAGCGGCAGCAGCCGCAGCAGCAGAGACUUUGUCAGAGUCGCUUUUUCCGGACUUGUUGCUUGGUGGCAUGGGGGGCGGCAUGCUGAUGGGUUUCGGAGGCCCCUUUGGAGGCCUACGGCUGCCGUCGCCAGUGCUCGGGCGUGGGGUUGUUGUUAUUCGCUCAACUACUCUAGGGCGAGACGGAAACGUGCUAGAGGAUGAGAUGUGGAAAUCGGGAGACGAUCCAUCAAACGGUUUGCUGGAGCAGCAGCAGCAGCAGCAGCAAGAGGGCCAAGCGCACACGGGCAACGGCUCGGGGGACCCAGGGGUCAUGUCGCUGUUGCACGAGCUCAUAGGGCAACUGCAGCAGCCUCACGAGGGGAAGCAGCAUGGGCAAGGACUAUCAGCAGGAGAAGGCGCCGCCAACGGCGGCCUGUCUCGAGGAAUGAAUGUUUUCGAUUCUGAGGAGACAGAAGAUGAGGACGAUGAGAACAGCUACGGCGAUGCAUUCAACUUGGUGGGGUCGGACUCCACGGAGGAUGCGGACGAUUCAGAUGAUGAAAGCAAUGAAGAACUUACCUACAAACUUCCUCCAAGAAAAGAGCCCUCAGGCGCCCAGGAAGAUGGUACAGAUAAGAUAUCUGGGGAGGCCACCGAGUACGACGUGCAGCAGCAGCAGCCCGCCAAAGAACAGCAGCGGCAGCAGCCCGUCGAACAGCAGCAGCAGCAGCCGAAGAAGCUGCCACAGAACGAGCAGCAACAGAAUUCAACGCAAAAGCCACGAGUGGAACAGAAAAAAGGGUCGACGAAGGCAGCCCAACCCAGGCAGCCCACUACGCAGCAGCAACAGCAUAAGCGACAGCAGCAAAAGCAGGAAGAGCCUCAUCAGCAGGAGCAGCAGAUGCCGGUGCCACCUGGGCAGCAGGAACAGACCCAAAAGCAAACGCAGCCUCCGCCGCCGCCCGCACAGCAGCAACAACAGCAGGCGUCUCCCACACCAGAGCAGUUGCCGCCUAACCAGCAGCAGCAGCAAGUGCCUUUCUAUCCGCCUCCACAGCAGCAAGCCCUUAACUACAUGCAGACGGAGAUACCGUCUGGCCAGCAGCAACAAGUACCUCCAUAUGAACCACAGCAGCAGCAGCAGCCCCCGCAGCAGCAGCAGCCCCCGCAGCAGCAGCAUCCCCAGCAGCAGCAGCAGCCCCAGCAGCAGCAGGAGAUUCCUCCUCACUACCCGGCACAAAAUCAGGAAGUUCCCAGUUACACACAGGAGCAUCCGCCACCGCAGCAGCAGGUGCCUCCCCCCGUGCAACAGGAGGUGCAGCAGCAGCAGUAA